UGCUGUUGGACUAUGUGAUGUGAAACUGAUGUAGUUGGUUCGACCUCGAUCUCGAUCUCGAUUUUUUUCAGCGAUCUAUAAGUUUACGUGGAUUUCUUCCCGCAGUUGUAGAAGUUGUUUCAGAAAUAAACAGAGAUCUUUAUUUUCUCCGUUGACCGCAAUUUUUAAAACCCCUAGGCCGAUAUUUCUGAUUGUCUAUUGUUCCCUAUUGAUGCACUACUAAUAAUAAUAAAGAAAAAGAAGCGACAAAAUAAACCUUAAUCGAUUCACAUUCAUCAGAACAUGGCUGCAGAGCUGAAAAUCAUAUCGGGGUAUUAUCCCCCAAUUGGGGCGGCGCGGUACUAUGGUGAGGAAAAACAAACCCGCACCCCCCAUGGUCAAAAGGAAAUAAGUAAGCAUGCGACGCGGCAGUGCAGAUUUGUGGCCAAAGUCUUGCAAGGAGGCAGAGGCAUGAGCCGCGUUAGUUAUAUGCAAGCUCGUGCUCAUGCUCUCCAACCUACAAAAUAAAAAAAGUUUACAGCCCUAAGCAACAAAAUCCUAUUGCUACAACCAAACAAAACAAAAACUACCUGGUUGCAGUUCCUUCCUGCAAGACAACAUCCAUGCGCACAAAUCUAGAGUCACAAAUUUCGUUUUGACUAUGGGCGGGUCGUGGGGGAUUUUUCGUUUUGACAGAUGUGGGAAUACGACAGGUACACUUGUAAACAUAAUCUUAGUUUUUGUCAAGUACAUGCUGACCAAGGCCACAUGAGUACCAGUGGAGGCGCAAUUGUACCUGACUUCCAUUCACGGCCCGGACGUUGAAUUGGGCAUAGGCGGGGACUUCACCGUGACCAACACCCGCACCUGCCGGGCGCACCACAACCUGAGAAUUGGGAGACAGUGUUCCCAGCAGUUCUUUCACGAAACAGAAUGCAAAGCGCGUCGAUUCAACUACCUUUGCUCAUCAUGUGCGGCUCGUACAAUUUAUAAAUCAAUAUGCGUUUCGUCCAGACAUUUAGGAACCUACCUUCGGCGUGGCCUUGUUGGCCAAGGGAACUAUCCUCGCCGGCGCGCUCUGGGCCGGUCCUGAUGACGCCGCAAGGGAAUCAUUGGCCGGACCUGAUGACGCCGGGCUAGCAGGAAUGAUAUGUUGGUCCAAAACGACGGGCGCCCCCUUGGCGAUACUAGCAACCGGAUUCGCAGCUACGUCUGGCAUGGGUACGUCCAUGCUGACCUCCGGUACCUACGGUUGCAUUUGGAUUUGGACACUUACCUGAUAAUCCAGGAUUUUCAUUUUGUGCUAUAGUCUGGCUCUGCAAUGAAUUUCGCGGGAAUACAUUUUCUACUUCUGUUGUUCAAAUGGCUAUGGUUUUGUUUCCUGGAAGCUAGCUUGACCUUGCUUUGCAUCACAAUCCGAGAUAAAACGCUAUACAAUAACGUGGACGUAUCGAUGUACUUAUACUAUACCGAAGAAACCUUGUUGGUCGCGUGCUGUUUCUGUGGUGGCGGCAGCACCCCGUUCGCCUUCGACACCGUUUCACCGCGGGCUGGCGGGGGAAGCACGUCGGAGGACGUAGUCGACGAUGUGGCAACCGACGUUUCUAAGCGCUGCACGGCAGGAUGGUUCGGGUUCGUCGACGUUAACUGCAUUUUCGGCUUUGGUUUCGGUCGGGUACUCUGCACCGGUCCGGUGUUAUUGUUCGGCUGCACCAAACCGCCGUAG